AUGGCUUACGAAAUGGACGGAGAGUUUGCUACUUGCAGCAUCGACGACUUUAUGUCGCAUUACUUUGCUUUUGUGCCAGACAAAAACAACGUUACGAGAUGCAUACAGAAGCAUCUGAUUCCAUCGGGCGUGGCAUCCAUGAACAAAUCUCAACUUGUACUUUCUGAGUUCACCGACACCCAUUUUAUUGCCAACGACAUCCUAGGCAAGAAAAAUGAAAUGGAAGUGUAUGCACCGCUGGCCAGUAUCGCUAAACACAUUGGAAACUAUGUGUACCAGCGCCAGCCUGGCCUCGCAGGGCCGACCCCCAUACGCAAUAAAUUCAACUACCGAAGUGUCCUACAGUCCUCUAUCAGCUCUGGUACAAAUGAAUCGAAUCAAGUGGAUGCAUGUUUCGCAUUCAAUCAAGAUAAUUCCUUCAGUGCCUGGGGAACGGCUGUACCCAUUGAACAAAAAGUCAACGUCAACAAUGAACAACGACUGGAUAAUAUGGAAAAAGUGCUGUACGCCAAUGUUCAGAUCAUGAACGACGAUGUCCGACGCAUGUUUGCAUAUGGAAUGACUUUUAACGCAGACCAGGUAGUGCUCUGGUAUCAUUGUCGGUCCCACUCCGCGGUUUCUCAACCAUUCAGCUUCGUCAAGGAUCCAGAAAGACUUGUCCAAAUCUUUAUGUUUUUUCUCUUCGCAACUGAAGAGCAGCUGGGAUACGAUCCAAUGGUGCAACGCCAAGUCGACGGCCAAUACAUCUUUCGAAUUCGCCAUUCCAACCCAACCUCGAACGUUGCAGACGAUUCUCGUUUCUACCGCACUGUGACGAUACUCUCUGGCUAUCGCUUCAACAAGAUCUCUCGGCGAAUGCCUCGAGUAUGGACCGUUGAGCGAUACAAUCCAACAACCGGAAAAGCAAUGCCUGGCGCCCUGCAAGUCCUGAAGGAUGUCUGGCUCAACCAUAAUGCCCAAUCGGAACGGCAAAUUCAAGAGGCAAUUUUCGAAUCGAUCAAUAAAUUCGGCGACGAGAAGGCGCCUGAGCAUCCUGACCUCAAAAUCAUCUGGGAGGAGCGAAGGGAGCUUAUUCGAUCCCGAGACUAUCAACGACUUUUCCUCACUAUCGCAGACGACUAUGACGGCGAACGGUCAAAGGUAAUCGCACCUGAAUCGCGCCGCAUACAAGGCCUUUUCGACCCUAUAAGAAUUUAUGACCAAGCAAAUCAUGCACGGAGAAAAUCAGAUGUUGAGCAAUAUUACGUGCCGAGGAAGCAGUAUCGCGUUGUGUUUGAGGAGAUUUGUCUGCCCAUAGGAUCAUUGCCAACGCUUGGAGAUGCGAUGGAUGUUAUUCAGGACAUUCAUAUCGCGCUGCAACUUAUGUACUGUGCUGGUUGGGUUCACCGAGAUAUCAGCGACGGCAAUAUCCUAGCCUGCAAAAAAGAAGGCUCUGAUUCGCAACCUUCAAAGAUUUGGCAGGCAAAGCUCACGGACCUUGAGUAUGCGAGGCCGUUCCAACGUCCUGACGAAGCUGCUGCUGAUCCGAAAACUGGCACGCCCUUUUUCAUGCCUAUCGAGAUUUUCAAGCAAGAAUACUUUUAUAGGAAAGGACUAGAGCAACCCGAAGAUGAUGUUGAUUAUAUUGCCUCCAGAGGCAGACGCCGUGCUGUAAAAGCUGCAAAAAAUGACAUUGUCACUCAUAACUUCCAACACGAUUUAGAGUCGGUGUGGUGGCUCAUUCUCUAUCUCAUAGUCUCUCGCGUCUUUAUUCAACCCCUCGAAUACUGGGAAGGUCGUCGCAUUCUUGACGUAGGAAAAGCCGAGCGGUGGAUAUCCAGCGUCUUUCAAAAUCUGCUCCUUUUGUCGGCAGAGCGAAAGAGAUGCUUCGAUCUUGAUAGCACCAUCGAACAACAAAUCAUGGGCUUCACGCCCAAUCAUCUGGAAGGUCUCGUCGAAAGUCUAGAACUGAGCCAAACAGCUUUAAUGUCUUUUUAUCUUACCCGCGAGCGGAAGGAACAAAUAUACAAUCACGCCUCGUACGCCAGAGCUCAUAUCAACUUUGGUGAAUUUCUUGAAUCCGUUCAAACUCUGGAGCCUAAGACAUGGCGCCAAUAUGUACUCCCUCUCCCUGACCCUAUCAUAUCCACUCAAACCGACACCCCAGCCGACGCAGCUCCGGAAACCUCGGCUCCACAGCCCUCGACACAUGCGACAAUUCCUCCGAGGGAGUAUUUGUUCCGCCCCUCUAAAGUUAAGGCUAAACGUAAACGAGGAUCUGAAGAAAAUCCCAACCGUGGUGCAGGAGGAGCCAAUAAAGGUGCUAAUAAGAGAUCUCGCAAUGGUGUCUGA